AUGAAAACAUUACUGUCUAUAUGUGUGGACAGCAAACAGCAAAAGUUUGGCUCAAUAAAUAUGUUCAGAGCUUUGGCCAAAAAUGACGGCAUAUUUAAGUUGGGAUUCACGACAACAUAUGUGGGCGAAGAUCCGUUCACUUUUGAACACUACCUCUUCAUUGGGAAAGACUUCUGGAAAGUGCAACAAAUUAAAGGACACGACCGCGAGUUCUGUGUCCCAGACCUCGAGAGCCACCAGCACUUGGAGUUCGACCAUAAGUUCUCACUUGGUUUCAGUUAUCUGUCCGACCAUUUAGUAGAACACGACGACGAACUCAAUCUCACAAAUCAUGUCUUACUCCAAUUGUCGAUGAAAUCGAGUGAAUUGUAUCCUUUGAUUGAAUUUCAUGAACUCAUUGAAAACGCUUUCGACGCCAACCAUAAGAACUUACAUAUAUUGGUUUACGGAGAUUACUAUACGUAUGACACCCACCACUUCAACGCCACCGCAGCCUUUCAGCCGCAGUCGUUCACCGACGACGGCGAGACCGACGGACCAAACUUCGUACUCGUCCAGCAAAAUAUGACCGCUGAUGGCGGCUAUGAUCGGGUAUCAGAAGUGCACUCUCUUGAGAAUAAGUCCUAUUUUAAAAACACGACCGACACUUUCGGCCAAUACAUACCGGAAUUCAUUAAGGACAUCGACCGACACCUGUAUAUCAACGCAAUAUUGCCCACACGUAUCGGCGAAGACACCGAAGAGGGCGAUCCCGCGGCCAUUCUUAUACUCUUUCACGAGGGAAACAUCAAAUACUGCGUAACCGAAGAGACAGCUCUUCACGAAGAUGUCGACACCGAAGAGGGCGAUCCCGCGGCCAUUCUUAUACUCUUUCACGAGGGAAACAUCAAAUACUGCGUAACCGAAGAGACAGCUCUUCACGAAGAUUGUAAACCCGAGAAUUUGAGGCAAUUGUUGAGAUGUCCGUUUGCAAGGGAUGAGCUAUAAUAUCGGGUGAUUUUGGCGUAUCACUCGAC